AUGAUCUGUAUCAACUGUGCAGAAUACUUUUACUCUAGAAAGGUUAUUGCCCACAGGGAGGCAGCGGUUAGGCUCAUGGUCGGCAGGGGUUUUCCCUGGUGCCGGGUUCAUGGGCGACGUCCCCAGUGGCCGGACCCUGGGCCGGCCGGGGGGGGGGCCCUGCCGCAAGGCUCGCAGCCCUGCCGGGUGGUGCUGGCUACCGAAGUGCCAUCCAAGUCCCCACGAGCUGAGGGUAUUCGGCUGCCCCGGCAGCAUCCAGCUCCCGGUACCCUCCAGCCUUGGCCAUGCACGCCCACUGAUGACAGCCGUCUUCGGGUCGGAUUUGGGGCCGUGGACCUCGGCGUCAGUAAGAGCUGGGGAAGGCUGUGGGCACGCAGACCAGACCCCUCGUCCUAUCCUAGAGCUGGGAAGGGGAGGGAGAAAACCCCCUUGGUUUCCACUCGAAUUGGAAGAAAACUGGCGCUCGGCUUGCGAGCAGCCGAGGAAGCGUUAUGCGAGCUGUUUAUGCCCAGUUUGCCCGCGGCGCUGCGGGACCCCGCUGUGGGGAGACCGGAGCGCGAAGCGUUUAUCCUGCGCUGCCUUUUAAGCGGCAGCAGGGAGCGGGGCCGCUCUCGCCGGCAGAGCCUGCCCCUGAACCCCAAGCCCUUCCUGAACGGGCUGACGGGGAAGCCGGUGAUGGUGAAGCUCAAGUGGGGGAUGGAGUACAAGGGCUACCUCGUCUCCGUCGACGGUUACAUGAACAUGCAGCUUGCAAACACAGAAGAGUAUAUAGAUGGCGCCUUGUCUGGACACCUUGGUGAAGUUUUGAUAAGGUGCAAUAAUGUUUUGUACAUCAGAGGUGUGGAAGAAGAAGAAGAAGAUGGAGAAAUGAGGGAAUAGGUGUUUUGUAUAUCUGGAAAUAAACUUUUUUCUUUUUUAUUUUCCACAA